AUGUCCGCCGAAGCGAUAUCCAGCGACAACUCGAGUUCACGAGAUCUUCAUUCCGUCGUCUUGCAGACAACGCUGCAGGAGAUCACCACGCGACCGACGGAUCUUCAAGACUGUUGCGUCAUUUGCCUCGAAGAGAUCACCGAAGGCUGCGAGGCGCAACCCUGCCACCACCACAACUUUGAUUUCCUCUGCCUCGCGACAUGGCUGGAACGACAAAUAGCAUGCCCGCUAUGCAAGAUCGAGAUCAAGGAGGUCCGUUACGAGUUUAGCGACGACCGAAAGCAAUGGAAGACCUUCAAGGCCCCAGAGAGACCCUCGGAUAAGGCUGGAGACACAACGGAUGCCCCUUCUGGUCAGCAAACGAGACGAUAUUACUCUCAAGCCCGCCCAAGGCGACCACGGCCCUAUGCGUCUUCGACGACUCGGCCCAAUCUGUCUCAAGAUGAGGCAAUCACCCGCCGAAGACAUAUCUAUCGACAUCAAUUGUACUCGCUGCACGUGGGCUCAAACAGGAUAUCAAGAUACCGAGACUUGACUCCGCAAAUAUUUGCCUCCGAUACAGAGCUUGUCUCGCGCGCGCGUACAUUUCUUCGGCGCGAACUACAGGUCUUUGAGUUCCUCUCGCCCGAUCAUGAUGCAAGGCCGCUAGAUACCGACCCAGUCCGACGUCGCAGAGCCAACAAUGCCGAGUUCUUGCUCGAGUACAUCAUCGCUAUCUUGAAGACUGUGGAUAUGCAAGGCAGCAUGGGCCAAGCUGAGGAGCUCAUUCAAGAGUUUCUGGGCAGAGAGAAUACACGAUUGCUGCUUCAUGAGCUUCGGGCGUGGCUGAGAAGCCCCUACAUGUCGCUCGAAAGCUGGGACCGCGCUGUGCAGUAUCCUGAUGUUACACUCAAGCGGCGACGGUCACAGAGUCGCAGCGCAGCUAAUCGUGGAGAAUCGUCCACGACCAACAGUAUAUACCCUUCAACCUGGAGGAGAGAUGAGAGACAGAGGCAUCGCAGGCAGCCUUACGAAUCGCGUCGGUCACGGAAUGACCAGAGAUUACGAGAGGCGACAGAACGAUACUCUGUUGAUUGA